GUCAACAGUCAUCAUCACCCACAGCAUCGGGAGGUAGGAAGGAAACUCUGCGGGGCUAGCUUUAUGGAUAUAAUAAGCCUCUUGAUGACGGGUGAAUAUUAAUAAAUCCAACCUCUUCUGGAAUCUAGAAUGCUUUCAGGUCUUGAACUGCUAGUUUGCUCGGAAUGUAGCGUUAGUUCAGUGACAAUAUAGGAAGUGGUACGGAGAAAAAAAAAUCAAAAGGUGGCUAUUUCCACAGGAAAGGGCAAUCGAUCGCUGUCUCUGCAUGAGUUUCUGUUCCGAGACAGUUGUGCAAACACUCCUCCACCCUUGUUUUGUUUCUGGUGGAUCCAAGAGGACGGGGCUGGCACCGAAGAGAAAAAAGAGAGACUUGCUGAGAAAUGAUCGCUUCCCUUCUUUCUUGGGUAAUUUACGCUGCGCUUUUGAGGCCGACAGCAUAGCCGGAGACAGUAUGAGAUGGGAGGAAGAAACAGCCAGUGAUGGGCGUUUAUUCUUUGGGGGCUGUCCAGAGGAAGCUGCAGUAAGCAGACACAAGAAACUUUCCCAAGAAAGACUUUCGCCUGCAUCUGGCUUGUGUCGUACAGAAAAGAGGAGACGGCAGCACGCAUAGAAAGACAUACACACGCACAAAAGCAGAUUCGGAUAUUAUUACUUGCAACAACCAGGCGCUCACGCUCGUGUGUGUGUGCCCGCAUGCUCCUUAAUAGCUUCUCUAUCACUUAGUACUGGAUAUGAAUCGGAGAGUGGAUUUUACAGACACUGCCAGGUUUUGAGAGGAGGGCAAAAGGGUGUGUGUUUAGAAAUCCGCUGCGUGGAUGCCCUUCGCUUUUCCUCCCUCCCCCCACGGCAUACUGGUGCUGCUUUUGCAGGGAGGCGGUGAGGCUAGCAGCUGCUGCGCUUCCUGAAUAUGCUAUCUUUGUUUUUCAAUUAACCCCCCGAUAACCCCCUCGUGGGCCAGGCGGUUUUUUUUGGGGGGGGGGAAGUAAGGGGCAGCUGCUUGUGCUGGUAAGCGGCCACCGUCUUUCUCUGUCUUCCUCCUCCCACCCCCGGUGUACUUUGCUCUGCUGCUGCUCCUCCUCCUCUUAAGGAAGUUUCCUCCCCCUCUCUUCUUCUACCACCACCGCCGCACUUCCCCAUAUUUCGCAGCCUGCCGCCCGCCCGCCCCAACUCCUAGGGGAAAGGGAAGGGCUUUUACCAUCACCCCUUUCUCCAUAGUGGGGCUGGGUUAGGCAGAGACGACCCCCAGCCCCUGCGCGAGGCCGAAUGCCGGUGGCCGCCAACUCGCACCCCCGCGCGGUGCAGCAGCCCGACGCCCGACCCUUCCCUGCCUCCGUUCGCCUCCGGGACCGGGAUCCGGCCAAACACCACCACCACCAAGGGGCGAGCGGCGCCGAAGAGCGCCCUGAGUUCCACCGCCACGGCCAGGCCGGCGGGGAGGUGGCGGGGAGGACAGCCGGUGGCGGCGGCAGAACGGCGGCACCUUCCGGCGCUCCUUCGCCUCCCCCAUUGCUCGCCUUCUCGCCGUCUUCCCCACCGCUGCGUCCUGGCGGGGGCCCUACGCCACCGCUGGAACCCCCCCGAACUCGUUCCCGUUCCCGCUCCGGAUUCUUCAGUCUCCUCGCCAUGAACGCCGCCGCCACCGCCUCAGCGGCUGCCGCCGCGCACUUCCAGCCGCCGCCGCCGCCUCCUUCUGCCCCACCGCAUCUCCAUGGGCCGACUCUGCCCGAGUUGGGCACCCGUAGCCAAGGCAGAGGGAGCCCCGCUGGACACGGGCACCCGCGAGCCCCUCCGGGAACUAGAGCGCCGGCGCCAGGUGGUGUUGGUGCUUCCUUCCAGUGCCAGUUGAUCCAUCAAGACCACAUCUGUACUGACGAUAGUGACAAGAGUGAAGAGAGUCCAAGUCCCAAGAGACAGCGCCUUUCUCAUUCAGUCUUUGACUACGCAGCAGCAUCACCAGCCCCAUCACCACCAAUGCGACCAUGGGAGAUGCCAUCAAAUAGGCAGCCUCCUUCAGCUCGACCAAGCCAACAUCACUUCUCAGGGGAACGAUGCAACACACCUGCACGCAACAGAAGGAGUCCGCCGGUUAGACGCCAGAGAGCAAGAAGAGAUCGAUUGUCUCGACAUAAUUCCAUUAGUCAAGAUGAAAACUACCAUCUCCCCUACGGACAGCAACAAGCAAUAGAAGAACCUCGAGCCUUCCACCCACCGACUGUGUCUCCCCGUAUGUUGCACCCAGCUGCUCAUCCACCACAGCAGAAUGCAGUGAUGGUUGACAUUCAUGAACAGAUUCACCAGGGCACGGUCCCUGUUUCGUACACAGUGACCACAGUGGCACCGCAUGGGAUUCCACUUUGCACAGGUCAGCACAUACCAGCUUGCAACACACAGCAGGUCCCUGGGUGUUCUGUGGUUUUCAGUGGACAACAUCUCCCUGUCUGCAGUGUGCCUCCCCCAAUGCUUCAGGCAUGUUCUGUUCAACACUUACCAGUUCCAUAUGCAGCAUUCCCACCCCUUAUUUCUAGCGAUCCAUUUCUUUUGCAUCCUCCACACCUCUCCCCACAUCAUGCUCCACAUCUGCCACCUCCAGGCCAAUUUGUUCCCUUUCAAACACAACAAUCACGGUCGCCUCUUCAAAGGAUAGAAAAUGAAGUAGAGUUGCUUGGAGACCAUCUUCCUGUGGGAGGUUUUACUUAUCCGCCUUCAGCCCAUCCACCAACAUUGCCUCCCUCAGCCCCUCUCCAGUUCUUAACGCAUGACCCUUUGCACCAAGAGGUGUCCUUUGGAGUACCUUAUCCACCCUUUAUGCCUCGAAGACUCACAGGACGCAGCAGAUACCGAUCUCAACAGCCAAUACCACCACCUCCUUACCAUCCCAGCCUAUUACCAUAUGUGCUAUCAAUGCUUCCAGUGCCACCUGCAGUUGGCCCAGCCUUCAGUUUUGAGCUGGAUGUAGAAGACGGUGAGGUAGAAAACUAUGAGGCACUGCUGAACUUGGCAGAAAGACUGGGAGAGGCUAAACCAAGAGGACUGACAAAAGCAGACAUUGAACAACUUCCAUCUUACAGAUUCAACCCAAAUAACCAUCAGUCAGAACAGACUCUGUGUGUAGUGUGCAUGUGUGACUUUGAGUCAAGGCAACUACUUAGAGUUUUACCAUGUAACCAUGAGUUCCAUGCCAAGUGUGUCGAUAAAUGGCUUAAGGCAAAUCGUACCUGCCCUAUCUGCAGAGCUGAUGCUUCAGAAGUGCAUCGUGAUUCAGAAUGACCAGUCUAAGAGCACAAUUCUACUUUGGGUGUUCCUAGUCACAUGUGUAUAUAUAUAUAUGAACUCUCCAUUGAACUUAACCCGUGUGGCUUCCAGCCUUCCCUUUACACAAAAGGGUCAAUGGACCUUUCUUUGCACUGUGUGAUUUAAUCGACUAUAAAGCUUAUAAUUAGUCUUCACAAUUAUGGGAUUGUUAUACUAACUGUGUGAUUGGAACUCCAAAGAUUUUUUUUUCUUUUAGCUUAAUUUCGUGUGUGCACUAACAUUCCCUGGUUUUUGUGUGAUCAUUCCGAGUGUUGCUGCGAGAUUACAGUGGAACGUGAUCUUCUAGCAUGUGCUUUUAUAUAAAGAAAGUGGUAGCUCCGAACAGUAUAGCAAUCUACCUUAUAUAGAGCCUUCAGAUACUGUGAGUGGGAAUAAAUGGUGUGGGUGGGUGCGUUGAUCGCAGGGUGUUCGUGUGUAUGCGUGCGUUUGGAUGAUAAUGUGUGAGAGGACUUAUAUACCAGCAUGUACUGAGGAUGUAUGUGUGUAGUAUUAAUUAUGCUGCAAUGUAUAAUCUUGUGUGUUAUUUAAACAGUACUAGUACUGUACACUGGUUUCUUUCCUUGCGUUUGCAGUUGCACACUGAAUGCUAAGGGUGCAGCAGUUAUAGACAUUUGAUAUUUCACCCCCAAUUUGUAUUUAAUAGUAUAAAAAGUCCUUUUAUUCAGACAACAGUUAUGCUUCCCACUAAUUGGAGAUCCUAUGUCUGUCAUUAUAGAUCAUAUUGCUUCCUCAGUUACUACAAUAAUGAAUUAGCCUUGUUUUUAGGCUGCUGGAAUUUCCAAGUUUUUAAAAAUUGCAGCUCACUGCUAACUUUAUAAGGAAUUGCAGCAUUGCACAGCCAGGUAGCAAUAUUAAAAAAAUUCAACUUAUGAUUGAAAGUUGAUGCUGUCCUCUCUAACUCUUAAAAUUCUUCCAGCCAAUAUUGGUUCCUUUCUGUUGGCCUUUGAAACUGGAUUUUUAUUUGAGAUGCUGAAGAUAUCAUUUUGUUCAUUUCCAGUUUUGUCCAUAGAUGUGGAAAUGGAGAGGAUCUUGGAAUCUUGUGCAAAUGCUUCUUGUAUUGUUGGCAAUAUACCUGCAUAAAUACACAAUAGCUUACAAACACUUACACUAAGUCGCAUUCCUUGCCAUACACAAACAAACAUGUAUAAUUAAAAUAACUUUAAAGGCAUCCAUCUCUCUUUCUUUCUUUUUAAAAGCCUCACUCUCAUGAAUAAAAUAAAAUUCUUAGCACUUUCUUCAAGGUAGAAUAUGUGGUUUUCGCCACCCUAGCCAUGGUACCAUGUUAAUACUUUACUGCCUGGCAAAAAUGACCCAGGAUACAAUUUCUAACUUUCAUUAUUUGGUAGCAGGCUUUUGUGUAGAGACAUCUUCAGCGUCGUCUGGUAGCAUGAAGCAUAUUCAUGCUCAAGGACGGGCUAUAUAAAAUCAAGGAAAAAAUAAUAAAUGCUGUGAAUUUGGAGUUGACCUCCUUUCAACUGCCUUCUCAAUAAUUUUGUAUUGGAAAAAAUUGGCUUCUCAACAUUUCCAGCUUGGCAUUUUAAAACAUUUUUUUCAAUAUACAACAUGGCUACCGCAGUUCUCUAAGAGAUGCACAUUUGUUUGUGGAUCCUUUGCUUUUAUCGUGUUCUAAGCGCCAUAAUUUCCGGUUGCAACAGCACAAGCGCCACAGCUAGCAAUAUUGUUGCAACCUGCUGCCAGUUGGCUUUAAGUUUAAUCUGUGUUCUUUCUGAUGCUUUUGUAUGCUGCUAUAUGUUAAGUCUGUUUAUUCAUCCAGAUCAGUGUUGGUUGUAAAUCACCCUUCUUUCUGAAGGCUCUGCUGACCAAUCACAGCUUGUGGUUCUGCAAAAUUAAAAAGCACAAUCCCUUCCACUUUGUUUCAGAUGCUAUUUGCCUCAGUUUAGUAGCUAGGCACUGUAGUCUGUCCAUAGUGUCAAGAACUUAACAAUAAUGAAGCGAAUGAAACAGUUUAACAUACUGUGUAUGACAGCUUUACAAAUUUUACCAUUUUCCCUCAAUCUGCUCUAAGGAAUUGCCAGAACAUGUCAAAAAGGUCAGAUUGCACAUAGUAAACUUUAUUUUUUUAAAUAAAAUCAUGGGUUGGGGACAAGCAUAUGCCACAUGUGUUUUACAAUACUUUGGGUCUUUUUUAUAUUGCUGGACAAAAAAAAGAUUUUUAUCUGUACCAAUCUAAUCAUAACACUACCACACUUGGUGUCCACUGUCAAAGCAUAGAAAUAAGGCACUUUCUCUAACAGUCUGACAAGGCACAUAAUACCUAAUUGUGAGAAGGGGCUCCUCUGCCCUGGAUCUGAUCCAUAUUCCGGUGUAGCAUCCGUUCCAGUUUCAGUUGAGCAAGGCUGUUGGUGGAGGGAUAGGGCUGCAGUUGGGACUACUUUUGUAGUAUACUCAGUUAUUGCAUCCCUGUGGGUGAUCUCUUCUUUGAUUGACUUUUGUUUGCAUGAGACUCUUGCAGAUGUGUGCAGAUUUGUUUCUUGUGGUGAAGUGUCUAUAAGACAUACACAUGUUCUCAACCAACUCAGGCCAGCUGCAGUGGAAUUCUUAACCUAUUGCUCCUGGCAGAAGAGAAGGGCAUUCAUGCUCAGCCGUUAAUUGCCAUGUGUUAUGCACCAUUUGUGUGUCUUAAUUCCACAGCCUUCAGUGGUACCUGAGAGCACCGGAUUAUGUUGGGUAGCCUUUCUUCCCCCUUAUCCCUACCUCUCCCACUAAAGGAAGAAAAAAAAAGUUGGCUUUAUCAUGUUGGCACUGCUGGGGUUUUAUUUGCAUGAAUUGUCAACUUAAUUUGACCUCUGGCUUUUUAAAAAAUGGGUAUAAAGACCUUAUGGAUCUCUCCAAGGUCUCACUUUGUGGCUUUCUUUACAGAUUAUUUUGUGUAAAGUAAUUUCUUUUGUAUAGAGUUUUUUGUACAGUCUCCAGAAUGUGAUAUUUGUUGCAACUGUUAACACUUACACCUCUUGUAAUAUUUGGGAUUUACCAACUCCCUUUAUUUUGCUUUCCAAAACACAUUUACAAACUUGGUUACUGUUAAAGGCCUCUCUUGGAGAGCUGUGGUUCUCUUUCCCCUUCUGCCCCCCUUUUGGUACCUUCAGUUACCUCAUUUUGCUAUUUUGUGUUGCAAAAUUGCUAAUGAUUAAGAAAGCUUAUGGGUUUUGUUAGAAUCAUAUUUGUCAAGUGUUUUCUUCAGAAAUCAUACUCCAUUGUAUCAUUUAACAUGUAGUUUUAAAUGUAUUAUAAAUAUCUGUAACCAAAUCAUUUGAAGGCUUGAUAAAUUUUUAACAAAAUUUGUACAUUUUUUAUGAGAGUUACUAGUAAUGCUUUACUAAGUAGUGCAAUGAAUUUUUAUUUUUAAUCCCUGUGCCCAAUUUUGGAGUUGAGAGGGUUGUUCAGUAAUAAAUGUAUGAUGUACACUUAUAUAA